UGUGCGCGCGACAGAGGAAAUCCAUGUGCCCGGCCCGGCGCUGCUGCCACGCCCCCGCAACCCCACCCACCCGCGCGCGCGCGCCCUCCGCCAAGAUUUGCCACCACCACCAGUAACCUCCCGCGUCCUCGCCCUCCCCUCGCCGCGCGCUCCGGCCUUCCUCCUCCUCUCCCACUCCCAGCGCGAACGCCGGGCGCAGCGCGCGCCCCAGAUACACCCGCCCGCCCACACCGCGCUCGCGCGCGCAGAGGUCGGAUGGGAGCCGCAACCGCGACGAAGCGGAACCGCGGCCCGGGCAGCAGCGCGAGGCAGGAGGCGGCGGCCAUGGCGCGCCCGGGCGCGGCGGAGGCGGCGCGGCGGCGGCCGCGGCUGGUCGGGUACGAGGAGCUGCCGGAGUUCCUCAAGGACAACGAGUUCAUCCGCGGCCACUACCGCGCCGAGUGGCCCAUCCGCGACGCGCUCCUCAGCGCCUUCGCCUGGCACAACGAGACCCUCAACGUCUGGACCCAUCUGGGAGGGUUCCUGCUGUUCCUGGCGCUCGCCGUCGCCGGAGGGGCGAGGGGGGCCGCCGACGAGGCCGCGCCGGGGAUCAUGAGGUUCGUGGUGAGAUCGACUAAUGCUUCAUGGGACAGCGACCACUCGGGCCUGCUGAGACAUGGCGCCGGGGCGGCGGCGGCGCUGUCCGGCGUGCCGCAGUGGCCGCGGAUGGUGUUCCUGGUGGGCGCCAUGUCGUGCCUCGCCAUCAGCGCGACGGCGCACCUGCUGGCGUGCCACUCCCGCCGCGCCAGCGUGGUGUUCUGGCAGCUCGACUACGCGGGCAUCUCCGUGAUGAUCGUCGCCUCCUUCGUGCCCCCCGUCUACUACGCCUUCCUCUGCCACCCGCGGGCGCGGGUCCUCUACCUCUCCGGCAUCACGGCGCUGGGGACGCUCGUGGUCGGCGCGCUGCUCUCGCCGUCGUGCUCGUCCCCGCGCUACCGCCGCCUCCGCGCCACGCUAUUCCUCGCCAUGGGCCUGUCGGGCGUGUUCCCAGCGCUGCACGCGCUGUGGGUCAACUGGGGCCACGCCGCGUGCUACCUCGCGCUGGGGCUCGAGGUCGCCAUGGGGCUCGCCUACGCCACGGGCGCCUGGAUCUACGUCAGCCGCGUGCCGGAGAAGUGGCGCCCCGGGGUGUUCGACGUCGUCGGCCACAGCCACCAGAUCUUCCACGUGCUCGUGCUCUUCGGCGCCGCCACGCACUAUGUGGCCGUCGCCGUGCUGAUCCACUGGCGGGAGAAGGAGGCCGUCGCCUGCGGCGCCGCGUCGUAGGCGUGCCUGCCUGUUGCAGGGCCUGCAACGAAGCUUGAGGGGUGGUUGAUGCUAUCCACCAUAGACAACCAGAGCUUCCCUGAACCAUUGGGGUUGAUUCGAGAUUCAACAACCGUUCGAAUGGACGAAUGGAGUAGUUGCAGCAGCAUAGGUCAAGCUCUAGAGUUUGAGUGCGAUCCUGUGAACUGAUUCGAUGGUUUUUAAUUUGAUUGAUGGAUGAUUAUGGAGGUUGGUUUAUGA